AUGUCUUCUGAUGGAGAAACUAUUGAUUCUGUAGAGAGAAACAAACUGGAAACCAACCAUCAAGACUCCUGCAUAUCAAGUUCAUUGCUACAGAAGGAAGUAUUGAAUAGCAGAGUUUUCACUGCAUCAGACAACAGUCCAAGCAGCAUGGAUCACACUUCAGAGAUCAGUAAAUUGCAACUGAGCAACAAGCAACUUAAACUAGAUCUGCAAGCUGAACAAGAUGCUGGCGUCCAACUGAGAAAAAAAUUUAAUGCUGUUGAGAAGCAAAAACUUGAAAUAAUAGCACGCACAAAUGAAGAGAUUGGUUCACUGGAGUCUCAGCUAGCUAAAGCUCACCUGCAGGUUGAAAAAGUGGAAGCUACCAGACGCAACCUAGAAUAUGAGCUUACAAAAAGUCAGCAGGAAAUACAUAGGAUCAGGGAAACAUCUAAACACAAGGAAGAUAUUCUUUUAGAAGGAACAGAAGAUUUGAAAAAUAAACUAGAAGACCUCAGUGAAGAGAUCAAACAAUUGCAUAAAUCAUUGCAAACUUGCAAAAUUAGUUCCCAAGAAAAAGAAGAAAAGCUGAAGCAACACCUUGAGGAUAAAACUGAACAGAUAUUGAAAUACAGAGCUGAAUUAGAAGUAGUCUGCACUGAGAGGGACAAGUUAAAUGAAGUUUGCCAGCAGCAUCUGAGAGUUAUCUCUGAUUUAAAUAACAGACUUCAAGGUUUUGAAGAUGAGAAGAGAAAUGUUCUGGACAGCCUGAGGCAGGCUACAAAUGAAUUGAAGUAUGCAAAGGACAGAGAAGAAAGGCUUAAAUGUGAUCUAGAGGUGGCUCAGUCAAGAAUCAAGACACUCGAGGAUAGUGUAGAAAAUGAGCGAGCUUCUCACUUGGAAACCAAGUUUACUUCUGAAAUUGUGCAUCUAAGAGUGAGAGACCUUGAAGGUGCUACUGAAGUAGGGAAAUCUACAAAUAUGGAAGCAAACAAAGCAAUAGAAAGAUUAACUCAACAAAACAGGGAGCUAGAACAGGUUUAUGAAGAGGAAAGAAAGAACAGAAAGGAACUCAGCAAACAGCUAGAUAAGAUUGAGAAAGAGCACAUGACAGUCAGAAAGCAAUUGAGUAUCGAGAUAGAUGACAAGAAAGCAGUGAUUGACAGUUUAUCUAAAGAGCUAGAGACACAUCAGAAGAACUUCAAUGAUCUCAAAUCUGAACUAAAUAAGACAAAGAAGCGACAACAGCAACUGGAAGAAAUUUAUAAUGGAUCUAUUAAAGAGCUAGAACUUCUUCCCCAGACCUUCCAUUUUGAUGAUAAAAAGAGCAGAAUGUCCAGAAAGGAAGAUGGCAGUGAAACCAACAAAGGAAAAAAGAUCAUAAACCCAACUGCAGUGGUAGAAAAUUUCAAACAUGUGUUUGCCCAGUUGAAAAGAAAAUUGGAUUCUCAGACAGAAGAGCUAUUCAAAACGAAGAAAACUGUAGAAAGACUGACGAAAGAUCUAGAUGCAAGCAAGGAACUCAUCAAAACCAAGGAUAAAACCAUUGAGGAAACACAGAAGGCCCACACAAAAACAAUUAAAGAUCUGAACAAAGCAAGAUCUAAUUGUGUUGAGCUGGAAGCAACCAUUGGCAAGCUGAAAACAAAUCUUCAGCACAGUGCAGACAACCAAGAAAAGGACAGAAUUCGUAUUCAGGAGCUAAGUGAAGAGAUCAUGAAAUUGGUGAAGAGAUAUUGUGUAGAAGAAGAGGUAAGGAUCACAUUUCUCCAUGAGCUUCACCAGAAGUUACUCUCCUGUCAUGUGAACAUUCCUAACAAAGACAGGGUAAUCAAUGACAUUUCUUGGGCAGAUUUAGCGGAGGUUAUCUAUGAACAGGUCUCUCUGGUUGUGGAAUCACUGCAGGAUACACAGCAGAAGCUGCAAGCCAGCUACAAUUUGUCACGUGAAAAGCAAAACUCAGUGACUUCUUUGAAACAGAAACAUGCAGAACAAAUCACUAAACUGACUAAUACACUCAAAGAAAAAGAAGCAACUUGGCAACAGCAAAGAAAAGAUAUGGAGCAACACUACACAAAAAUGUUAAGUGAUAUGCAGCUGCUGUCUAAGAAAACUCAGGCCAUAGCUGAUGAAACUUGGGAGAAACUUCGGGCAACAGGAAAUUUACAGCUGGGUUUAGAGACUGAGGUGGUAGAGCUGAGACAUAGCUUGGCAGAAAGUCAGGUGCAUGUAUCAUCCCUUCUGUCUGCUUGUGCACUUCUGAGUGGGGCUGUGUAUCCCCUGUAUACCCGGGUACUCAUGCUGGCUUCAGAGAGACACAUUCUUGAGGACAUUUACACAACAUGGGAAAGCUGCAGAGAGAGAGCCCUUUACCUCAGCAGUGUCCUUAGAUCAGGAAAAGACAGCGAUCAGGACAGGCCGGAAAGAGAUUCAAAGUUACAUCGCAAAAUAAGGCCAGUACUUAGGUUCAGAGUUGGUGUAAUUGUCGUGUUGGCUGCCAACCGCCUGCUGAACCUGGCUCACACAUCAGCCAGAUGCUUCUUGUCUAGUACAUCAUCCUCUGCAAGCAUCAGCUUAAGUGUGAAUGUUGGAGGCUUUUAUCCGGGAGCAAGAACAUUUACAGUGGAUCAGUGCGACAGUUUCAGUUCAUCAGCAGAUGCCCAGAAAAACCUGAGAUCAUGGUUGGAAAGUCCAGCACUUCUGCAGGCUGUGGUUAAAAGUAUGGUUGAGCUGCAGGAGUGUCUGCAUGAGGAGAAAGAUUCCUUGAACCAAAGAAAUACAAUGGUAGUGUCUGCUGCAAGGUCCUCCUUUAACAGAUUCCUUGACCACCUGUCUCAGUUCUUCCCAUUUCCUGCACACUCGCCACAGUACUCAUUCAGGGAUGGGUCUUCACUAGUAAACAAGCUAGAGAAACGCUUGUCUCAAACUCUCAGCAAAACUAAUGUGCAGCUCAAGGGAAAUCUCGUAUCAUCCCAGGACCUUAUGUGUAACUUGCAAAAUCACAUCCUGGACUUGACUCAGAGACUUCAUACAGCAGAGAAGGAACGGAGGCACCUUCUAACAGAACUCAACAUGUUGAAAGAGCAGAUAGGAGAAACCAGUUUAUCUCCUGGAGACACUGAGAGCAUGUCCAGAAAGGUACAAACAAAAUAUGUUCCAAUGUCAAAAUUUGAGCAAGUAUGUUUGGAACUGAGUAAUUCUCUGAGCCGAGAGCAGAAAGCUCAAGAGUUGCUGCAAGAACAGAACAGCCAGUUGUUAGAAUUAACCUCGAGGCUGGAUCAUUGUGCAUCCGAUGGCAUGCACAAGCAGACAAACCUGGUUCAGAUACAAGAGCACUUGACAGAAACUCAGAAAGAGUUGAAGCAUAAAGAACAGUUUAUAAGACAAUAUAACCAACAACUCGGGCAGGUCCAGCAUGAAAGGGAUUCUCUUCAUAGUAACCUAGAAGAUGCAGAAAAUACUUUGAGGAUUAUCCAAAGGGAUAAGGACAUGCUGGUUAUGUAUGUCAAACAUGUUGAAAGUGCCCUUGAAGUGACAAGGCGACGGUUUGUAAUGCUGCAUGAACCAUGGACAGGUUCCGAUGUAUCCCUGACACAGCUGUUGCUGGAUGCUGAUCUCAUUCCCCAGGACCUGAUCAUGCAGGGCCUGAGCUGGCAGCCAAAUGACAUAUUUCUUUUUUCUCAGAAUCUUGUUCAUAGUUUUGUUGAGAUUCAGCAUCAAGCUGUGAAGAAGAUCACAUCGUUACAUGAAGAAAUAGUCUGCUAUCGUGACCAUAUCGAGACACUGAAGAGGGAAAUCAAUAACGCAGUACACAGGGCAUUUAUUGAUCAGGUAGUGGAUGCUUCAGGUGAAACAGUCACAUCUCUUUUGGACCUGGAUUUAAGUGAGAGAGAAGUGAUUGUUGCCCCCAGUGAAGAACAAACCAAUGGCUGUGCUGCUGAAGUUUCCCUGAAGUCACCAGUAACUUCUCCUGUAUAUCAGAGUGAGAAUUCUGCGUUUCAUCCUGUGAA